CGCCAAGUACCUGUACGGGGGCACCGGGCAUUGUCCGCCGCGGCGGCGGGAUUCCUCGGCGGCCGGCUCCGAGCAGAGAAGAGGUGGUUCGUCUCCGUCCUCCCUCUAACCGCCAGCCCUCCCGCCGCUCCGGUGGGGAUCCCGCGCAUCCUUCCCCGUCCCCCGGCCGCUAAGAUGGCUGAUGGUGGGCAGUGAGGCGGCGCGCGGGGCUGCGGGUAGCCGUUGCCAGCCGGCGCGCGGCGGGGCGGGCGGGGGCGGCUGACGGGACGGUGGCGGGGAGGGUGUGUGUGGGAAUCCGCGCGGCGCCAUGUCCGCCUUCGCCCUGGAGGAAACGCUGGAGGCCGACUGGGUGGCCGUGAGGCCUCACGCCUUCCAGGAGCGGGAGAAGCAGAAGUUUGUCUUCAUCGUGGCCUGGAACGAGAUCGAGGGCAAGUUCGCCAUCACCUGCCACAACCGCACGGCGCAGCGCCAGCGUAGCGGCUCCCGUGAGCUCCGCCGCAGCGGCCCUGCCGGCGCCGAGGCCAGAGCAGCGCCGAAGGCCGGCAGCCCCACGGUGCGCAGGGGCCCGGCCUGCGGCGCGGACCCCGGCCCGCCGCGGGGCUCCUCGCAUCCUCGCGCCGAGGCGGGGCUGCGGGGCUCCGAGCGGGGCGCAGCGGCCGAGGCGCUGCCGAAGAGCCCCCAGCGCGCCAAGAGCAGCCCGGCCCGGAGGCCGAAGCGGGGCCCGGAGGCGGCAGGUGCCGCCGAGGAGAUAGAAGUGCUGGAGCUGGGGAAGGAGGAGGCGGCCGCUGCGCUGUCGCUGCCGCCCUCGCCGCUGCAGGCAGCCGAGACGGCCGCUCCUGAGGCUGAGCCCGCGGGGGAAGAGUGCAGCUGGGCCGGCCUCUUCUCCUUCCAAGACUUGCGGGCUGUUCACCAACAGCUGUGCUCUGUGAACUCUGAGCUUGAGCCCUACUUGCCUGCCUUCCCCGAGGAGCCCUCGGGUAUGUGGACGGUGCUGUUCGGAGCUCCGGGGCUAUCCGAGCAGGAGAUGGAUGCACUCUGCUACAAACUGCAAGUUUACUUGGUCCACAGCUUGGAUACCUGCGGCUGGAAGAUCCUUUCGCAGGUACUCUUCACUGAGACUGACGACCCCGAAGAGUAUUAUGAGAGCCUGAGCGAGUUGCGACAGAAGGGGUACGAGGAGGUGCUGCAGCGGGCCCGCAGGCGAAUCCAGGAGCUUCUGGAAAAACAUAAGAACACAGAAAGCAUGGUUGAGCUGCUUGAAUUGUAUCAAAUGGAAGAUGAAGCCUACAGUAGUCUUGCAGAAGCUACUACAGAGCUCUACCAAUAUUUACUGCAGCCAUUCCGAGAUAUGAGGGAACUUGCAAUGCUUAGAAGACAGCAGAUAAAGAUCUCAAUAGAGAAUGACUACCUAGGCCCCAGGAGAAUUGAGAGUCUGCAAAAAGAAGAUGCUGAUUGGCAGAGAAAAGCCCACAUGGCUGUGCUUUCUAUUCAAGAUCUUACAGUUAAAUACUUUGAAAUAACAGCUAAAACACAGAAAGCUGUGUACGAUCGAAUGAGAGCAGACCAGAAGAAAUUUGGUAAGGCAGCAUGGGCAGCAGCAGUGGAACGUAUGGAAAAGCUUCAGUAUGCAGUUUCUAAGGAGACUUUGCAGUUGAUGCGUGCUAAAGAAAUCUGUUUGGAACAGAAGAAACAUGCGCUGAAAGAGGAGAUGCAGAGCCUGAAAGGUGGUACAGAAGCCAUAGCCCAUUUGGACCAGUUAGAAGCUGAUUAUUAUGAUCUACAGCUUCAAUUAUAUGAAGUGCAGUUUGAGAUCUUGAAAUGUGAAGAGCUACUGCUGACAGCACAACUUGAAAGUAUCAGAAGACUGAUGUCAGAGAAGAGAGAUGAAGUGGUAUAUUAUGACACUUACGAAAGUAUGGAAGCCAUGCUUGAAAAAGAGGAUAUGGCAACAUCUAUACACUUGCAAAAAGAGGAGCUGCAAAAAUUACAUCAAAAAAUCCGCCAGCUGGAAGCAAGGCGUGGACGUAUUUCAGCCAAGAAAGCCUACCUCAGAAAUAAGAAGGAGAUCUGUAUUGCAAAGCAUGAUGAAAAGAUCCAGCAGCGUCACCAGAGUGAGGAGGAAUACAAAAUGCACCAUACUGUACAGCUAAAGCGAGAUCAGUUACAAGAUGAAGAGGAAAGAAAGAGCUCCUGGGUUAGUCAGGAACGACAAAAAACACUGGACAGACUUCGCACAUUUAAACAGCGGUACCCUGGGCAAGUAAUACUUAAAUCAACUAGACUGCGGUUGGCCCAUGCAAGAAGAAAAUGUGCAGCCAGCUCAGUGUCCUGUGUCGAUCAGCCUCAAUCUUUGCCAGCAACCAUACAAAUCCAAGAGAAGAAAGAAGGGGUGGAAUUGGAAAAUGCAGUUCAGCCUUUGCAAGCGGAGGAAUCCACAAGCUUGGAACAACUUCAGGAUCUCUCAUUACCUCCCAGUGGUGUUACCUCUGAGCUGCCUCAUGGUAGUACUUCUCCACUCACUGGUAAUGAGCCUCAAGCAGAGACUGUUACUGCAGCACCGCUUCCACCCCCAUUGCCUCCACCACCUCCUCCUCCACCUUUGCCCUGCAAGCAAGAAGCCACCAAACCCUUAGAGAAAAGUGACAGCUUUGUUAAACGUCAGAGUGAGGAGAAGGGAGUCCAGCACUCUUCUGGUGUACCACCAGCAUAUCUUUUUGACAGCAGUCAGCUAGUCAGUGCCAAGAAGAAGCUGAAGAAGACCGGUGAUCUAGAAGGUUUACAGAGGAGGAGAGUGAGUUCCCCAAUGGAUGAAGUGCUGGCUUCCUUGAAACGUGGCAGCUUUCACUUAAAAAAAGUUGAGCAGAGAAGUCUCCCUCCUUUUCCUGAUGAAGAUGAUAGCAAUAACAUCUUGGCACAGAUCAGGAAAGGGGUGAAACUGAAGAAAGUGCAGAAAGAUGUUUUGAGAGAAUCCUUCACAGUUCUGCCUGAUACUGACCCUCUGACAAGGAGCAUCCACGAAGCAUUGCGACGAAUUAAGGAAGCAUCACCUGAGUCAGAGGAUGAAGAGGAGAGUUUGCCUUGCACAGACUGGGAAAAUUAACCUGUGAUUCACGGCUACUGACAUGAGAAAAGAGACCCAGUUGAAGAUUACUUUUCUUCUUCAUUUCUGAAAAUUCAGAGCCAGCAGUUAUCACCAUCAACUCCACAGGAGGCUUUCCUUGGCAAAGAAAUUGUUUUUCUUUGGCAAGUUAUUCAGUAGAUGGAAAAAAAUGGCCUAAAAUGUUAAGUUUUGGGUCACACCUUUAGUUUGUUAUAAAAAUUCUAGUUUAGGCAGAAAGCUAAGUUGUUUAGAUGUGCGUUUAUAUAAUCAAGAAUGCCCAAUUCUUAUGCACUUUUUAUAUUUGCAGUAGUAACGUGUGACCAGUUAAAUGAAGGGGGCAUUUUGAGUUGGGAGAACACUUGCUCUUAGAGUAACUUGGGGAUUCAGCCACAACAUCCAACUAGCUAUAAAACCUCCCCUUCACUGCAUUGAAUAUAUCAUCUGCUUGAAAAUUCAAUUAAUAGCCCUUUGCAGAGAAGCUUGCUAUGUAGCAGUGUGAUAUUAUGGAAAGAGCAGAAUUCCUAGUUGCUCUGCAGUAGCUGAAAUUCAGUAACAUGCAACUAAGAUUUUUUUUCUUCUUAGUUUGAAGAAGUGUAUGUCAGUAUCAAAAGUAGCAAGUGACCACGGCACAAUGAGAAAUAAGAGUUGAAUUCAGUACAUAUUCAAGAAUGUCAUCGUUUCCAACAUGGUACAUUUAGCAAGACAAACUACAGGGCCUUUUUAGAAGGUUAUUUGUAGUCUUGCACCUUUUUAAAGUAGACAUUUUCAUGCUUUUUUAAAAUAAUACUUAGCUAUGCUGAACCAAGUUAGUUAUACUUUUAUCAUUUAAGAAGCAAUAUUUUGUAAUUUAAUACUUAAAAUUAUUUUUCUCUUUUGGUUUAAAAUGGCUUUUGAUUACUGUAAGCAGCCAUCUUUAAAAAAUAUCAAAACACUUAAACAUAUUGAUAAUUCAGUUGUGAAAAUCAUGCUUCUGUUGCUGGUUUUUAUUAUUCUGUUUAGUGGCUGCAAAAAUGUUUGUACUUCAUACCCAAAAGCCUACUGGCUAGAAAAAAAAAGUUCCCUUUUGAUCCUGACUGUUUUUUUUUUAAAGGAGCGUUACAACUUUCUCUGCUGUGAAUACUUAGAAAUAGUCUUAAACUUCAUGACCAACAGCUGCAGGCAGCUACUCUUACAAAUCCACAGUACUAAGAGGUGUGUCAGUGCAGAGAUACAAGUAGUCUUGUACCAUCUAGAAAUUCCAUGUGAUACCGAAAUCAGCCCAUUACAAUCCUCAGACAACUGAAUUUUCACUAGUGUUUUAUUUUAACAGCGUGGCACACGCUGUGCUUAAGAAAGUCACAGUCCCUGUCCACUGUGUAAUGUGUUCCAUUCAGUGCACCUGUUGUAACAAACUGCUAUGUGGAUUUAGGUGGGUUUUUUAAGUGGAGAAAUGCAUUGCUCCUGUAAUGUAAUGGAACACAUACUGCAUAAAUGUUUGUCACAGGAGAUUUCACAUCUUUCCAUUUUUGUAUAUAGAGAGGAACAAGAGAACUUAUCUUAGCAAUAGGCUGUGUAACUUAAAGGAACCUCAGCUGUUGGACCCUUCAGUUGUUUUGCUGUGGCUGUCCUGAAAUUAAAGCUCUGUCAGGCAUCUGAAAGGAUGUCACUUUACCUUUGCUGUCGACAGGAAUAUUUUUAACCUUGUUGCCUUAUUUAUAAAGUUAGUGAACAUUCAUUUUCAACGUACCUGUAAGCAACAUUACUGUAGAGUUGGAUUGAUUUUGCUGUGUUAGUUGUCAGGUCUGUAUUAUUCUGUCCUGAGUUCAGCUCUGUGAAACACUUGGUACUGGCUUUCCAAGGACCUGAAACUACACGAUGUUUUUUUUGUGUGGUUGUAAGCUGUCCAAUACUGUGUUCACGCACCAGUAACAGCAUUUCAAAAUUCAUCAUAAUCAUUUGACAUUGCCUGUACUGUAAGCUGUGGUGUAUUUUUGCUCUACGUUAGUCUGUAUGUCCAAUCACAACACAUGUUAAAACUGAGGUAAUCAAAUACAUUUUUGGCUGUAGCACAAAGCAGAGCUAUGACGUAGAAUGGUAAUGCAGAUUAUACAGUUCAUCUGAAACUUAGUGCUAAAUUAAUAGUGGUAAUCGAGCAACAUCUAGAUCCAUUUUUUCCUGUUUUCCAGCCUGCAGUUUUAUUCCUUAGAGUAUGCUUAUGGGACACUAGCAGAUUUCCAAGCCAAGGAAAAACAGAGUAAUUUUAAAGUAUAGGUGGCCAUGGUCCCUUUGCACAACAUUUGUGUCUAGAGUUUACCACUGAAUUGUGAUUUAUCUAAAUAGCUCCGUGCUGUACUGUACUACAGUUUUCAGAUUCGUUUGCCACUUGAUCUGUCAUCUUUGCCUUGAAAAAUGUGUGCAUGACUGAGAAAGAUUUCUGUCCUUAAUCUGUUUUAUAUUUAGCUGAAGUCUUAGAUACCUGUAAUAACUUAGUUUAUAGAAAUGGAAUUCUCAUACAAGCUGGUAUUUUAUGUGCACAAAAAAGUAGUUGUUAUGCUGAGCAUAGCAGCUUCUAUCAGAUCAAAACUGCCAUCUUCAGUGUGGAAAGUAAAUGUUUUGGGUUUUUUGGGUUUGGUUUGGUUUUGGGUGGGUUGGUUGGUUGUUUUUUCCUUCCAUAUACUGCUAAAAAAAGUACUCCUGGAUUUUAAUCGUCCAUGAGUCACUAGAUGUCACAAUUUCACUUAAUUUUCUGUUUCAGUAUAAAAAUUGUGCAUAUGUAGCAUACAGGCUAAUGCAUAAAACUUCCCAUCCUCUGUAAUGUGAAAUUUUGCAUUGCCAUGGCUGGAGCAGCAAGUGGGGAAAGUUCAAGUAUACUCACAAGAAACUUACAGAAAUUAUGACAGUCCUGCAUUGACAUCGGUUCCUCCAUAGCUGAGAAAAGACGUAAUAAUUGUGUUGUUCCUUCAGAGAAAUUGUGGCAAGCAUCACUACAGAAAAACAUGUAAACACAUCCAAGGAAGGGGAGCCUCCAUAAAAAGACCUUUCUACCUGUGAUUAGUAUUUUUCAUUUGUGGCUGGACUUCAUUGUUGUGGCUGCCUUGUUCCGUUGCUAGUCAUUUAUCUUAAGCGGUUUGUUAACUUUCAUGCUUCUUCCAUUUUUAGAAACUUCUUUGUUCAAAUUAAACUGUUUUAGCAUAGUGUAACUGAGAUAAAGAGUUGGAAUGCAUAAUACAUAAUGUUUAUUGUACAAAUGCUUACAUGAGGACUCAAAAACAUUUUGAGUGGGAACAAGAAAUAAAAUAUUCAAUUUCUACUGAAAUAACCAAAAUGUAAGGUAAACAGCAGUAGUCUUUGACCAGAAAUGGAAUUUGUAUCAACGUGAGUUUCCUGCUCUCAUUCACAGAGGUUCCAGUCCUUUAUAAAUGACCAAUAGUCUUAUUUUAUUCACUUUGCUAUGUUUUCAGAUGUUAAGUUACCUGUCUAGAGUAGAAAAAGGCUUUUUUAUUUUUCUUAGACAUCAGUUUUAGGGUUUGGGUUUUUUAUAUAUAUAUCUGACAGGCUGCAUCUUACACCAGAUACCUGUAAAAUAGUAUGAUUAUAUAUUGUGUUCUUUUGUGACUACAUUGGGGAUAGAACUCAAUAUGCUUCACUACAUUAUUUGUAAAGAAUCAUUUUGAGUAUAAGCACUAUAUUCUGUAAUGUUUAAUAUUAAAGUAAUGACAGAUGCAUUACUGAAGAUGCAGCUUACUGAGAAGAGGAGGCAGAAACUUUUAUUGGUUGAUGUUACCCUUAUUCCAUUUGUUGCACUGAAUUUCAGGAGUGUAAUUUGUAAAUCAAGUUUGCUCACGUGUGUAAUCAGAUUUUAUUUUCUUUGUAACGCUUAUGUAAUUAACUUACCUGGAUGUAUUUCUGGUAAUGAUUCCAUAAGCAUGGACAAUAUGGUGUUACAUUUAGCACUACAGAAUUGAUGUUAAGAACAAUUGAAGCUUCUUGCAAAGAAAAGGAGUAAACAGAAGCACCUUACUGAGAGAACGCAUUACACAACUUCAGUGCUAUUGGAGCUGACAGACAGUAGGUCAUCCUAAACUUGACCGCAGAUUGCUCUUUGGUGUAAUAAGCACAUGGACAUACUGCUAUCAGUGCUGUAAAAAAGUACAGUAAUGGCUGUUUUUAACCUAUAAAUAUACUGUAAUUUAAAUUUUUCCUACAAAAUAAAUUUAUAUUUAAUUGCUGCCUAAUACAUAAAUACUUAGAAUUUUUAGGAGGGCCAAGGGUGGGUAGGCAUGCCAGUGUAUUUUUGGGAGGGGCUAUUGUAUAUACAGGUCUUUGCACUUCCAGUUCAGUUUGGCUAUUAAUCCAAGUCUGCAACCUGACAUUUAAGUAUUCUUAGUGUGGUGCAGGUCUUCUGUAUUGCGGCCCACAGCUGCAGAAUUUGACAGAAAAGGUCAUCUUUCCUUUGGCAAAUGUGAAUGCUCUGAGGUACCUCUAAUAUGGAAAAUGACCAAGCAAUGAAUUUUACUCUGCUGAGUUUCUAAUAUUAAGGUAGAGUAUUAUUUAGAGGUGAUACAGAGGCCGUUAACCAGCAGUGUGACUAUUUGGACGAAGUAAAAAGGAUGAUGGCUGUUUUGGUGAGUGACAUCCAAACUCUGCAGAGAUUUUAUUCUAGGCACUGUCACCUAUUUGGUAAUUAGUUUGCCAUAGACUGGCUUGAUGUUCAGGUGCAGAAAUACAUUUUUUUUAUUUCAGAAUUGGGAAAUAGGUGUUGGGGAUAUUCAUUAAACACCUCCCAAUGUGUUGCUGUGGUUGCUGUAUGUUUUGUAUUUCAUUUUCAAUGUAUACAAAUAGAGCAUCAUAAAAGCUUAAGAAAUACAGAUGGCUGCAGGUCAUCUUGCAUGAGGGAAGCCAGUCAAGUUUAAUGAAACUAACUUCUUUGUUAAGCCUGUUGAAUAAAUGAAUAAUCAAAAGAAAACCCAUUUGCCAUUCACUAGCUUGGUGCAAUAUUAUGGGUAGACUCAAACACUAUUAGCACAUUGUGCUUGGCUUUAAAAAAUGUUCUUUACUCCAUUAUAUUAAAAAAGGCCUAUUAGAUGCAUAUUCUAUUGUAAAUGACUCUGCAAAUUUACUAUGCCUAAAAAUGCUCCAUGAUAUAAAGUAUUAAGCAACAAGUAUCUUUUAAAAAAAGGUCGAAACUAAACAAACAUUUCUAGCAAUACCUAAAAACUAAAGACAAUUUAACUGUCUGCCUUCUGCUCUUUUUUCUUUAGUGCAGCUUUUCUGCAAUGCAAAUUUAUUGCUGUGUAUUUCUUGGGUUUUAUUGUCAUGCAAAUUUAAACCUGUACACAAAGUACUGCACUCACCUUCUUGUACAUGCGAUGUAACAUCAUACUCACAGUUUUGGUGCUUUAAAAUAUUCCUUUUUUCUUUAUUAAAGGAUAUUUAUUUGA